ACUCUUUUAAGACCCGGAAGCUGUUCCGACGCACACCGGAUGUCGGCUUCCCUUCACCUCCCUUGUCUUUUUCUUCCGCCAUCUUGCGCCCGGAUUGUCUCGAACGAAAUGCCUGGAGAAGCCACAGAAACUGUCCCGGCAACGGAACAGGAGCUGCCCCAGCCUCAAGCUGAGACAGCUCCAGCUCCUGGGGCCCCCAUGGAAACGAUGAGCAAGCCAGUUACUACCAAGAAUCCUGAGAUAGGAGGCAAGGAUUUUCAGGCUGGGACUGCUUUAGAGUGUUCAGCAUCUGCCAUUCCUGCUUCUUUUCCUGGUGCUGCUGAAGCACCUCCAGUCUGUUCUCAGCCUCCCAUUCUAGCAUCAGCUGUUUCCACCUCUUCUACUUAUAGCCCCCUCCACCCUUCCGCUUCGUGCCAUGAUGCUAACUCUCCCCUUGCUAGCCUCUGUCCCUUCACUACAACACCAGAACUGGUUACCUCUGUCUCUUUGGUACAAGCCACUCCUGAUGCUGCUUUGUCUUCGGCUGACUCAGUUAUGUUAUCUCAGACCCUUUCUCCCGUGAAACCACCAGUUAUGGCUGGUGUUGCACCUGUUGACAUGUCCCUACCUUUAGGGCCUGUAGCCUCUCCCCCAGCCUCAGUAACUGCCUCUGGAUCUCUUACUUCUGCUCCAUCAACAUUUCCUAUAAGCCCAGCAGGGUUAACUUCUGCAGCCUCAGUUUCUCCAAUUCCAUCAUCUCCUGUCCCAGCUCCUUUCAUUCUCCCAAUUGCUCCUGUGUCUGUUUCUAUGGCUACAGCUCCCAUCCUUGAUGCAGUUCCAGCUCCUACUACUGUGGCUUUACCCUUUAGUCCAACUCCUUUCCCUCCAGAUUCUGCCGGUGCUCCUGCUUUGUCACCAACACUUCCUAUCCCUAACACUGCAACCCCUACUCUCGAUCCAGUGGCUCCCAUUUCAUCCUCUCUUCCCCCUCACCAGCCUUCCAUACCCAUCAGUUCUGUUCCAUCCCUUCCUGAUUCUAUGACUGUUCACGGUUCCAUCAUUUCUCCAAUGCCUGUAUCGAUUCCGAGACAUCCUGCAGGGUCACCUACAGAAUCUGCAUCUCAUCCUGUGACUCCUUUGGCAUCUAUUUCCAGUUCUGAGAUCCCGGCUUCAUCUCCUAAAGUUUCUGGGGCUGAUCCUUUGUCUCCAGCAAAGCUUGCUCCUGCAAUACCACCUGCAAAAUUUACUUCUGGUCCUGAAUCCAGUAUCAUGUCCCCAGCAAAGCCUGCUCCUACACCAUUGUUACCCGAAGGUCCUCCUGGCAAACCUGUUUCUGGUUCUCUACCACCUGUGAAAUUGGCAUCUGGUCCUGCAGCCCCAGAAGUAUGUCCUGUGUCUGGUCCACUAUCUGUUUCUUCCCAGCUACAAACUCCUAUUUUGACAACCGUUUCCGACUCUGUAACUACUUCUCUAGACAAAGCAGUACUGGCUUCUAAACAGGUGGCUCCUGCUAAGUCCCCUGUGAAACCUCCUCCCUCAGAACAUCCUGCUGAUGCUAUGAUCACAGCAGGUCCAAUAAUGAAGCCUGCUUCUGGGUCUGUAGCACCUUCUGGAACCCCAAUAGGCCCUUCUAGCCCUGUACCACUUUCUUCACAGCCAGAGAGUCCCACUUCAGUUCCUAUUUCUGGCUCUGCUUCACUGGGCACAGCAGUGUCUAAGCCUAAAGAACAGAGUACGGUACUUCCUUCUGUGAAACCGUCUUCCUCUUCAGAAAUUUCUUCAGGUCCUAUGUCCUCAUCAGGCUCUGUUCUUACACCUUCGCUUCCUCCAUCGCCCCCAAUGAAAUCUACUUCUUCAGUGCCUAUUCCUGAGCCCAUUUCCCCUUCUUCUGCUACAGCAGCAGGACUAAUCUCUGCUCCAGGACUACCCAAAGGGCAGCCUGUGAAAACUGUUCCUAGUCCUGUGGCUCCUACAGGACCCCCUGUGGAAUCUGCUCCCCUUUCAGCCCCUGUUUCUAGUCCAGCAAUGCCUCCCACGAGCCCUUCGCCACCUGCUUCCAAGAGGGUCCCACCUGUUUUGGGACUAGCUCCUGCUCCUUCCAUAUCUGCUUCUGUAACUCCAGGGACGGCUGUUUCUCAGCCUGCGGCUGAUUUUGGCCCUGUAGCUGCAGUAGAGCCUGCUCUUGUCUCACCAGCAUCUGCUGUGAAGCCAUUUUCAACUUCGGAACUUGCUUCUAGCUCUUUGUCUAUGGCAGAUUAUGUUUCUAGUCCUGCAAUGCCUACUGCCCAUACUCCUGCACUUAUUUCUGGAUCCACAGCCCUUCCUCUGGCCUCUGAAGGGGUUACUCCUAGUUCAUUAGCAUCUGCUUCCCAUCCAGCAGCAGCUUCUGAGGUACCUCCUCCUGAACAUCAGGCAUCACCUAUAGUUGUAGCAGAGAUGGCUUCAGCUCCAGUGACACCAGCCACACCUGCCCUGAUAACGUCUCCUGUGGGCCCAACAAUGGCAGUUUCUCACCCAGCACCCUCUGCGGUGCCCGCACAAGUGACCGUUCCUGGAACCCCUGCUGCUUUUCCUAAACCUCUUUCCUCUCCUGACCUUGUAGCCUCUGCCAUCCCUCCUCCUGGCAUUGCGCCUCUGCCUUCUGCAGUGACUCCUUCCGUUUCCCCUGCAGCAGCAUUUUCUACUCCAGUAACCCUUAGUCCUGUCUCUAGCCCCAAAUUGCCCCCUGUCCCCGCCUUAGACAUAAGCCAGGUUUCCAUUUCAACUGGGAAGGCGAUGCCUUCCCAGAAAAUGGCACCUUUGCCUCUUGCACCUGCUGAUCCUUCUGUUUCUACUCCUCCUAUUGCAAGCAGUCUCACUCAGCCGGCUUCUCCUGCACCCUCUCCUUCUACCCCCAUGAAAAAGCUAGAACCUUCCUCUGUGCUUCCCAAGCCAUCCCCUGUUGCACCUGCACCUGGUUUAGCACCUGAAGUGACCCCCAGCCCUAUUUCUACUACCUUUGAAGACGACGAGCUGCCACCCUUGAUCCCUCCAGAGGUACAUGUUGAGGAGUCACCUCUGCAGCCAGUCCUGGUGGACUUCUCUCCUAAGACAGCUGUGCCCCUUGCUGAGGUUCCAGCAACUGCUCCUUUACCACCUCCUCCUAUCAAACAGCCUUUCCUGAAGAAUAACAAGGGUAUUUGCCUCUUCGGUUUGCUGUGUGCAUGGAUAUCAAAGGCCACUCACUGAAUACUAACUUAAUUGUACAGGCAUGGAGUGUGAAUUCCCUCUGCUUUAACUGUUAGACUAGAAACACGCCAUUUAGGAUUUAAAAUUUACUAAGUCAAAAUAAACCUAGAUUAAGUUAUCAUAGUUGAAUUUUGUUGUGCACACUGUGAUUCAUGAUUUAUGUUUAAGAACAUACACUACUAAUGUGAUAGUUGAAUCACUGGGCAUGAUGUGUGUGUUUAAUAGAUGUGUCUGAGCUGAUAUCUGUGGAAGAGAACUAACCUAGAAACUGUAAUCACCUCUUUGUUUUCAAUGGCACACUGUCAUUUCAGCCUGCUUUUUUUGUUUCUAGUGUUUUGCUUGUGGUUGCAUAUCUAGUAGAUUUUGUUAAUUGCAGAUGCAUUUCAUGGUAUGUUCUGUGCUAGGAGGUGGUAUUUUACCCUCAUCCUUAAAGAAUUUGUGGUCUAAUGUUGAUGUCCUCCUUCAGUUUAUUGUUCAGUGUCUAUAUUUGCAACUGCAUUUUGGAUGAGUGUGUAUAAAUAGGAAGCUCUCUGUUAAAUACUUGCAUACCCUGUGUGUUAAAUUCACGUGUUGUCUGUUAGAGAAUAAAAAUUAGUAGUCUGGUGUUUCUGUCCAAUUUUCAGUCACUUAAAUGUAAUCACAUGCAUACGCAAUUUAGGGUAAAGGUGCCAGGGUUUAGCAUCACUUGGAAUUAAGAUAGUAUUAGUAAGACAGAUGGGGACAUCAGUUGUGCUUGUUCCAGAAAACCUGUGCCCUGAAUAUGCUUUUUUGUCAGUAAUCACAUUUAUUCCCUUCUUGCAUUGCAGUCACACAGAUAUUAAGGCAUGUGAGCUAGCACUUCACUGAAACUUGCAUCCAGAGAUGGCAGUCAUAUAAUGGUGGUGGUGUCUUGAAGUUAUCUCUGAAAGAUACAAAUGCAAACUAUUACAUGCUUUAAAAGUACUUUUACUUUUUAAGUGAGUCAUCAUUUAGUAUUCAUUUAGUCCUUGCAAACAUCUUUCUUAAGUUUUAUUGUUUUAAAACCUUGGGAACGCGCCAUGAACUUGAGCAGACUUUCUUCAUCUUGCACUCCCUUGCUCACGUUCCUUUGUUUUUUGAUGCAGGAUAACCAGUUUGCCAGAACAAAUUUAAAUCAUAUUUCUGAAUUCUGUGUACUUAACCGGUAUUUCUUUGGCUUACCAUGUGUGUACCCAGCUGCUUCAGAACACUGAACAGGAAUUCAUAAUUAAAACAUGGAUUAGUGUGAUGUUUGAAUCCACUUUGAAGCAGUCUUAAUUGGUGCUAGUUGUUGUUUGUCCUAUGUACACAUCAUGCUAAACCCUAGGUCUCACAAAUUGUGAAAAGGAAGGGAAUCUAUGCAUAAUGAGGAAAGGUGUUCAGAUCCAUAGCAUAUUUCUAAGCUCCAAUCAUGGGCCAAAUUACAGUAUGCCAAAAUGAAACGGUCAUUUUUUUUUUUUAAAGUACUAGUUAAAUGAAACAAUAUCCUUACCCUGAGAAUGUGAUCAACACCUUGCUUGCAAGUUCCCAGGAAGAAACCUGUUCUUCCUGUGAACCUUGAUUGAACAAACUCCCUGUCCUAUUGCCACAUAAGUUAAACCACUAUUAUAUUACAUCACUGCCAUUUCGGAAUUUCGUUGUCUGUAAAUUUAUUUUUUUCCAUGUGUGUGGGAAAUGUUGGGGAUAUGUUCUUUUACUACCAGACAUUUCUGAAGUAUUUUGGCUUGAAAUUAUUUUUUAACAAUGUUUGCACAAUAAAAGUUUCUUCAUGAACCAAGCAGCAAAGCUCUGGGCCUGCCUGCCACUCCCAAUAGAGACCAAGUUGGAAAGAAAUUAUGCAUGU